AUGUCAGGCAUCAAACUGAGCGAAGGUGAUAUUCGCGCUAUAUUUACCAAACCAGAGAAGUAUCAAAAUCCAACUGGGGGUAUUUUUCAAUGCCAUCGAACUCGCAAGAACGACCCUUCUACUCAGCCCAACAGAAAAAACUUAAUAGUGAUUUCCGACGGCGAGGAUAGGGUCAAGGCGCUCUUGAGGAAUGAAGCGGUCCGAAAAGCGCGUGAGCUGGAGUUGAAUGUGGGUGAUAUUUUCCGGUUGACGCGUGGUGAACCUGCGAUAGUACAGGAGAAGAAGAAAUACGUCUUACUGAUUGAUGACAUCGAGAUUUUAGAGCGGAGCACUGAACUCCGUGGUGCUGGGGCGGACCUCAUUGAUGGGUAUUUGAAUAGUCAUCCUCAGGAGCUUGUGUCCCUUGAGGACUCUAAUUCUGGAGCUGCAGUUGCGCAAGGGGUACCACAACAACCUCCAAAACCAGUGCAACAACAGGAACAGCAACCAUCGUACCAGUCUGCUCCACAAUACUCUCCUCAGAACCAAUACAAUGGUGGAAGGGGAGGCAACGUUCAACCACCAUCCUCUCAGAAAAGUAGACCUAUUUUUGCCAUUGAACAACUAUCUCCAUAUCAAAACAUGUGGACAGUCAAGGCAAGGGUAUCAUUCAAAGGAGAUAUCAAGACUUGGAGUAAUCAAAAGGGCGAAGGAAAGCUUUUCAAUGUCAAUUUGCUAGACACCUCUGGUGAGAUAAGGGCAACUGCUUUCAAUGACAAUGCAGUCAAGUAUUACGAAGUGCUUCAAGAGGGAAGGGUUUAUUACAUUUCAAAAGCUAGGAUUCAACCGUCUAAACCUCAGUUCUCGAACCUUUCUCACCCUUACGAACUUCAAUUGGAUCGGGACACUGUCAUUGAGGACUGUUUUGACGAAGUCGAUGUUCCCAAGAUGAAUUUUACAUUUGUCAAGGUCAGUGCUGUGGAAACUUUAGAGCCCAAUACAACCGUGGACGUCCUCGGCAUUAUUCAAACAGUUAGUCCGCCCUUCGAAAUCAUUUCCAAAGCAGGAAAGAAGUUUGAUCGUCGCGAUAUCGCUUUGGUUGAUGAUACCAACUACUCUGUCAACGUCGGAUUGUGGGGCGAACAGGCACUUAAUUUCAACUUACCGGAAGGGUCAGUGCUUGCCGUCAAAGGAGCUCGAGUUACUGAUUUCAACGGAAAGGGAAUGUCUAUUGGCUUCAACAGUACGUUGCACCCCAAUCCCGAAGUACCUGAAGCAUAUGCUUUGAAAGGAUGGUACGAUUCCGCCGGUCGUGGACAACAAUUUCACUCUUUGAAGCAGGAGCCUGGUACUGGUGGUCCCAAUAAAGAAAAGUUCAUUGCUAACCGCUUGACUAUCGCCAAAGCCCAAGCUCAAAACUUAGGAAUGAGCGAAAAAGGUGACUAUUUCAAUAUCAGAGCCGCCGUUAACUUUUUGAAGGUAGAUAAUUUCGCUUAUUCCGCGUGUGCGAAUGAGGGCUGCAAUAAGAAAGUGAUUCAAGACUCUGAUGGCACUUGGAGGUGCGAAAAAUGUGAUGCCAAUCAUGAAAAGCCGCAAUGGAGAUACAUGCUUACAAUAUCAGUCCUUGACGAAACAGGUCAAUUGUGGAUGACUUUGUUCAAUGAACAAGCCGAGCUACUUUUAGGGAUGGAUGCAGGCUCCCUAAUGGAUUUAAAAGAGAAUGACGCUGAUGAGUUUUCUAAAGCGACUCAAAAAAUUCAGAUGUACCAGUACGAUUUUCGGGUUAGAGCGAGGGAAGAUCAUUAUAACGACCAGACAAGGAUCAGAUAUUCCGCAGCAAAUGUUCACAACUUGGAUUACAAAGCUGAAGCUGACUUUUUGGCUGAAGAACUGACCAGGACGUUCUUGAGCUAA